AUGGUCUAUUACUUCACCAGCAACGUCGUGUCGCCGCCGGCGUUCAUCUACGUUGGCAAAGACAAAGUUGAGAACGAGGAGCUGAUCAAGUUCGGUUGGGAAGAGGAUGUGUGCGCGCACAUUUACGUCCGUCUCCGUGAGGGCGAGACCUGGGACAGCAUUCCCGAAGAGCUAUUGAAGGACUGCGCACAGCUGACCAAGGCCAACUCGAUUGAGGGUAACAAGAAGAACAACAUCACUGUUAUCUACACGCCAUGGUCCAACCUGAAGAAGGAUGGCAGCAUGGCAGUUGGCCAGGUUGGUUUCAAGGAUAACAAGAAGGUCAAGCGCAUCCACGUUGUAGAGCGCGAGAACCCCAUCGUCAACCGUCUCAACAAGACCAAAGUUGAGAAGUUCCCAGACUUGCGCCAGGAAAGGGAGGAUAGACAGCAAGAGCUCAGGAAGAAGGACCGCGCGACGCAACAGGAGCGGAAAAAGGAGGAAGCCCGUAUUGCCAAGGAGCGCAAGGAACUGGCAUGGCAGAGAGAUCAUGCUUACGAUGACGUCCACUCGGAAGACCUGGUGGCGCAAUCGAGCAACCAGGACCGGGAUGAGGAUUUCCUCGAUGACUUCAUGUAG